UCUGGUAGAUCGUGGCUAAGCCAGUCGUUGGUUCGCCGCUCACCUAAACGGCUUUCACCUGGCCGAUUACGAACAUCCUUGGUCAUCGACCGACUGAAACGAUCCUCAGCCUGCGAUUUUCGCGCGUACGAAUAUUCUUCUGACUCCGUGUCCAUCGUGUAAUCGUUUCUAAUGCAACCGCGCGUACAGAUGGUUGCUCUUCCCCUCCGGGAAAUUACGUUUCCAUGAGAUCCGAAGAGGAAAACCAGUGGUACCAGGGUGGCAAAAAGCAUCGUCGCGGUUUCGGGAUACGUGUCGUUCACCUUUUAGACGAAUCCUAAGGUUCCAUCGGUUUUCCGGUGGCCAAAGGAGAUUUCACUUUCGUCCGACAGAAUGUCGAAAAAUCAGCAACAAAAUGGAAUGAUACCAGGCGGUGGGGCGAUUGCUGGUGCGGAUGAUUUUUCGGACGGCGAGAGUACCCCAUUGACUCAAGAUUAUGGCGACAGUCAAAGAACGGUCGUGGAAACGAAAGGAUGGGACGUGUUUCGGAAUCCACCGCCGAAAAUUGAUUCCGGAUCGAUGGCUAAUCAAAGAUGCCUUGAGGUGACGGUACAAAUAACUAAAGUGAUCGUUUAUCUAGCAGUUUUUGUGAUAGUGUUAGGAAGCGGUGUAGUUGCCAAAGGAACGAUUCUAUUCAUGACAUCGCAGUUAAAAGCGGAUCGAAAGAUCGCUCUCUGCAAUAAACAAUUGGAUUUAGAAAAGCAAUACGUAGUUACAUUACCAGAGGAAGAGAGGAUAGCAUGGAUCUGGUGUAUCAUUAUCGCCUUUGCAGUUCCUGAAUUCGGCACAUUGAUCCGUAGCAUUCGAAUAUGCAUAUUCAAAUCCUGGAAGAAACCACCUGCUUCCCAUUUCCUUCUCGUCUUUUUCAUGGAGACGUUUCACGUAGUCGGUCUUGCUUUAAUGUUCAUAGCAGUGCUUCCGGAUUUGGACGUGGUUAAAGGAGCAAUGCUGACGAACUGUGUGUGCUUCGUACCUGGUUUAUUAGGGCUUCUCUCUCGCAAUAAAACCAAAGACGAAUCGAAGAGAUUUGUCCUGGUGCUGAUCGAUAUUGCCGCUCUAGCCGCUCAAGGAACAAGUUUCUUCCUUUGGCCAUUAUUGGACAGUUCUCGACCAUCAUUAUGGCUCAUACCACCGUCUCUGUUCCUGGUUUCUUGCGGCUGGUGGGAAAAUUAUGUUUCGAUACAAAGUCCAAUCGGAUUUGUCAAGUCUCUAGGAAGGGUGAAGAAAGAACUGCGCCUGACAAGAUAUUUCACUUACCUAUUUAUGUCCAUAUGGAAGAUCUUAGCGUUCUUCAUCAGCACUGUAUUGAUACUAUACAUGAAAGGAGAAACCGUGGGACAUUUAUUUUCGAUGUUGAGCGACGCUUUUGGGAAGCAUAAAAUCGAAGCAUCGCAAGUGGUCUCUUCUCGAAUCACUGACAUCGCUGAAAUAUUGGAGACCAGCGACAAAAUACCCAUCGAUGCUGAUGUCCAUACCCCGAUUUUUGUUCUACUUUUGCAAAUAUUCGGUGCUUAUUUCGCUUACGUCUUUGGUAAAUUCGCUUGUAAAAUUCUGAUACAGGGAUUUAGUUAUGCCUUUCCCGUGAAUCUGACAAUACCGGUAUCGAUCUCCUUAUUGAUCGCCGCAUGCGGCUUGAGGAACAGCGAUCCUUGCAUAUUCCGUGGCACUAUCCCGGAUUAUUUGUUUUACGAAUCGCCACCGUUCCUCAACGAUUUCGUGUCCAAGCAAUAUGCCUGGGUAUGGUUGCUCUGGUUGUUGUCACAAACGUGGAUUACCUUGCACGUUUGGACACCGAAAUGCGAACGUCUCGCAGCCACCGAGAAGCUGUUCGUCGUGCCAAUGUACAAUUCCUUGUUGAUUGAUCAGUCGAUGGGUCUGAAUCGGAAGCGAGACGAUCAACCGGAGGUGAAAGUUGAGGAUCUGGCAGAGAUAGAGAAGGAAAAGGGAGACGGAGAUUACGAGACCAUAUACGAGCAGACAGACGGUUCAACAACACCACCGUCGACAGUGAAAAGCAGCGAUCACGUAACAAGGAUAUAUGCCUGCGCAACGAUGUGGCAUGAGAACAAGGAGGAAAUGAUAGAAUUCUUGAAGAGUAUCCUACGUUUGGAUGAAGACCAAUGUGCCCGACGUGUUGCCCAAAAAUAUUUGAAAGUGGUCGAUCCAGAUUACUAUGAAUUUGAGACUCACAUCUUUUUCGAUGACGCUUUCGAGUUAUCGGAUCACGAUGAAAAUGAGUCCCAGGUGAACUGGUUCGUGAAAUUACUGGUGGGUACGUUGGACGAGGCUGCAUCGGAUGUCCAUCAAACGCGGAUGCAUGUGAGGGCCCCGAAGAAAUAUGUAACGCCUUACGGUGGUCGGUUGGUAUGGACUCUUCCGGGAAAAACGAAGAUGAUUGCCCAUUUGAAGGACAAGAGUAAGAUUCGUCACAGGAAACGUUGGAGUCAGGUUAUGUACAUGUACUAUUUACUGGGUCAUCGAUUAAUGGAGUUACCAAUUAGCGUAGAUCGUAAAGAAGUGAUCGCAGAGAACACUUACUUAUUAACACUUGAUGGUGACAUUGAUUUCCAACCGGCUGCUGUGAAAUUACUGGUGGACUUAAUGAAGAAGAACAAGAACCUUGGUGCAGCUUGUGGUCGUAUUCACCCAGUUGGUUCAGGUCCUAUGGUAUGGUACCAGAUGUUCGAGUACGCUAUCGGACAUUGGCUGCAGAAGGCAACUGAGCAUAUGAUUGGUUGUGUACUUUGUAGUCCUGGUUGUUUCUCGUUGUUUAGAGGUAAAGCUUUGAUGGAUGAUAACGUGAUGAAGAAGUAUACGACGAGAUCGGACGAGGCAAGACAUUAUGUUCAGUACGAUCAAGGAGAGGAUCGAUGGCUUUGUACUCUUCUUUUGCAACGAGGUUACAGAGUUGAAUAUUCAGCAGCCAGCGAUGCUUACACACACGCACCGGAGGGCUUCAAUGAAUUUUACAAUCAACGUCGUCGAUGGGUGCCGUCUACCAUAGCCAAUAUAAUGGAUCUUUUAAUGGACGCGAAACGAACGAUCAAAAUUAACGACAAUAUUUCUCUUCCCUACAUCUCUUAUCAAAUUUUGCUUAUGGGUGGUACAAUCUUAGGACCAGGUACGAUCUUCCUCAUGUUGGUGGGUGCCUUUGUAGCUGCCUUCAAGAUCGACAAUUGGACCAGUUUCUAUUACAACAUUAUCCCUAUUUUAUUAUUUAUGCUCGUAUGUUUUACAUGUAAGGCGAAUAUUCAACUUUUGUUGGCGCAAAUAUUGUCCACAGGAUACGCGAUGAUAAUGAUGGCCGUGAUCGUAGGUACGGCCCUCCAAUUGGGUGAGGACGGUAUCGGCUCACCUUCAGCUAUAUUCUUGAUAUCCUUGUCCAGUUCGUUCUUCAUAGCUGCCUGUUUGCAUCCACAAGAAUUUUGGUGUAUCGUACCCGGCAUCAUAUACCUUCUAUCAAUUCCCUCCAUGUAUCUCCUUCUGAUCCUUUAUUCCAUUAUAAACUUGAACGUCGUCUCCUGGGGUACCCGUGAAGUCCAAGUGAAAAAGACUAAAAAGGAACUUGAACAAGAGAAAAAGGAAGCCGAGGAGGCGAAACAGAAAGCGAAACAAAAGUCCUUGUUAGGCUUCCUGCAAAAUGGCGUUGGGUCGAACGAAGACGAGGAAGGAUCGAUAGAAAUAUCUUUGGCAGGAUUGUUUAAAUGCAUGCUCUGCACUCAUGGUCAGACUUCUAAUGAAAAACAACAAUUGGUCGCCAUUGCCGAGUCGUUGGAGCAAGUUGGCAAACGUUUGGAAGUCAUUGAAAGGGCUGUGGAUCCUCAUGCUCACUCAGGACGAAUACGCGCAUCCUCAGCGGGUUCCCGGAUUGCUGAGGAUCAGGACAAUACCGACGCGGAAACUGUGACUAGUCAAAAUACCGAAGGCAAUCGAGAGGGUAGUCAUUUCCUUAGCAGGCCCUAUUGGCUGAACGACGAUGGACUGAAAAAGGGUGAGAUCGAUGUACUGUCGCUUCAGGAGGAACAAUUCUGGAAGGAUCUUCUGGAGAAGUAUCUCUAUCCUAUCGACGAAGACAAAGCAGAGAAGGCACGAAUCGCCAAAGAUCUAAAGGACCUACGUGACCAGAGUGUGUUUGCGUUUUUUAUGCUGAAUGCCCUCUUCGUCCUGAUCGUCUUUCUACUCCAAUUAAACAAAGAUUUGUUGCACGUGAAAUGGCCAUUUGGUAUCAAGACGAACAUCACCUAUGACGGAAGCUCGCAGGAGGCUCGUAUAGCCGCCGACCUGAUUGAGCUGCGGAACAAGAGCGUAUUUGCGUUUUUUAUGUUCAAUGCGUUGUUCGUUCUGAUCGUAUUCUUGCUACAGCUGAACAAAGAUCAGCUACAUGUUAUUUGGCCACUUGGCGUCAAGACGAACGUCACCUUCAUCGAAGAAACAUCGGAGGUACACGUUACAAAGGAGUACCUCCAACUCGAACCAAUUGGUUUGGUUUUCGUAUUCUUUUUUGCGCUGAUAUUGGUGAUUCAAUUUACCGCCAUGCUGUUCCAUCGAUUUGGCACGUUCGCCCAUAUCUUAGCCAGUACCAGCCUCGAUUGGUAUUGUUGCAAGAAGACGAAGGAUUUAUCGGAGGAAGCAUUACUAUCGAAACACGCGGUGGAGAUAGUCAGAGAUUUACAAAGAUUAGACGGAAUGGAGGGUGAUUAUGAAGAAGGCAGUGGUAGCGGUCCUGGAAGAAGAAAGACAAUAAGAAACCUUGAAAAGAGUCGGAGAAAGACUCAAGCAAUCAAUACGCUUGAUGUUGCUUUUAGACAGCGAUUUUUCAGUAUGUCCGAAGGAAACGGUUUACCAAGGAACAUGUCAACCAGACGUUCAGCGAAAGCUUUCAAGGCAUUCGAAGGACGUAGGAAUAGCAUAAUGGCAAGGAGGAAAUCGCAAAUGCAAACUUUAGGAGCGAACAAUAUUUACGGAGUGGCAGGGAAUCCUUUAGGAAUUCAAGGACGUCCGUCGAGAAGCAGUCAGAUUUCUGUUAAGGACGUGUUCGAGGGACACGCUGGACACACGAAUUCCGCUUACGAACCAGACGAGAAUACCGGCAGUAGCCUUAGGCUUCAAAACUUGGCUCAAAACACGUGGAGAGAGGCGAACAAUAUCUGAUCGGACCAUUUUCACGAACAUCCAUAACGAUGACUGCCAUUCCUAUCAUUCAACUGACCGAAAGAGAUUUAAGAAUGGCCUAAAAAUGACGGAAUGGAAUUUCAUAAGUAUCACCACGCAUUUCUCGUGUAGCAAUUAUUCAAUAAUUCGAUUACUUAUGAUAUAAGAGAAGUAUGAAAAAGACUGCCUUCGAGUAGACUAAUUUAUGAUGAAACGAAUGUGAAUCAGGGCCGUCUUUAACUUCUCCCUUUAUUUAUUUAAAAAAAAAAGAAAAAACAAUGAAGUUCUUUAAUCUCAAGUUCUUGAACUUCAAAUACUAUUAAACUGGACUUCAAAGUCGUUAAACUUGAAAAAGUUAAAGACAGUCCUGAAGAAAAAAAGACAUCAUUUUUUUUUUAUAAUAUGUGAUUAGAUAUUUAAGAUAAACGAACUGACCGGUGAAUAGCGCAACUAUCGUGUGAUAAUUUACGGUUUUACACGAUUAAUCUUUUAGAAGAUUGGCUGUCGUUUAUAUCUGUGUGGCAAUAAUCACAAUCAUCUCACGCUUACAUUUCUUCGCUCCUUUAAACGUGAUACCGCCAUUUGUAAUAUUUAAUAGACGUAGGUUCUCUUUUUGUACAUAUCGCGUGCGUACGUGUAAAUUUAAGCUAAGAAAAGAAGGUUGUGUUGAUUGCAAGCGGAAUAAAGGCUACAACGAUCAGCAUUUAA